AUGCCAAUAACCAGCAUUGAGGCUCAGAAGCGAGGAAGGGGCUCUGACUCCCUGACGGUGAUGGUGACGGAUACGAGUUACCCGGACUCACUGCACACUACAGAGCAAUUUGAGAUCUUCAGGGAGGUUACUUGGAGAGUCGAGACAAGGCCUUACAAAGGCAUAGAGUUAAGGAAGAUUGACUAUGAAACUGGAAAAACUUCCAAACAUAAAAAGUUAGCCGAGGAAAGCAUUCGUUGUGCAAUUUGGUUAAAAAAGCAAGGCAUUGAAUCCGGUGAUGUUGUUGCAAUUUGCUCUGAAAAUAAUAUUGCAUCAUGGGCUCCCGUUUGCGCAGUUUUUUACCUGGGUGCAAAUUUAAAUCCUUGGUACUAUGACUGGCCAUCUGACACAUUUAGGUAUCUUCUCAAUUUAACAAAACCGAAAAUUGUGUUUGCGAAUGAAAAAAUGGGUAGGUUGCUCAAUAAAAUAAUUGAAGAGAAGAAUAUUGAUAUGAAGAUUGUAAUUUUUGGCAAAGUUGACGGACUCCUGCCUUUCGACGAUAUCAUAAAUGAUCAGAGUCCAGACGAAGUUGAACAAUUCGAAUGUCGGUCUGCAAAUCCUCAUGAUGAUUGUGUCGUUUUAUUUACAUCAGGCAGUACCGGCGGUUUGCCUAAAGGUGUACAACAUACCUACGAAGGAAUAUUCUACAUCUGCUACACAUUUAAUACUUCAUUUAGCAAGAUAGAAGGAAUGGCUUCAAUGUGUCCUUCACCCAUGUAUUAG